CAGGGGACAAGUUCAAUUGAGGGUAUAUUUUUAGAUAUAUCAAAAAUUAGAGAUAUGACAUUAAGUUCAAAUGCCUUCCUGAGGAUGCAUAAAAUCAAGUUCCUUAAAAUAUACUAUCCGUUUUACUGCAUUAAAGAAAAUUACGGUCCUCACAGUGGAGAUAUAAACGUGAACCUGUCUGAAGGCUUUAGAUUAUUGCCGGACAAGCUAAAAUAUCUACAUUGGUAUCAGUACCCUUUAAAUUCUUUGCCGUCAGAAUUUUGCCCAAAAAAUCUCGUUCAACUUCAUUUGAUUCACAACAAUGUUGAACGUCUUUUCAUGGGAGAUCAGCCCCUAGAAAGUUUGACAUUUAUUGACCUCAGCUACUCCAUGAAGUUAAUAGAAAUUCCAGACUUGUCUAAAUUUCCAAAACUUGAGGUUUUAAAUUUGAGAGGCUGCACAAGUUUGGUUGAGAUCUGCUCGUCUAUACAGUAUGACAGCAAGCUUACUGAUGUGGAUCUUGGAUAUUGCAAGAACCUCUGCAGAUUUUCGAGCUUUCUUCAUUUGGGAAAACUAAAUUCUCUCUCUCUUAACGGCUGCUCCAGCAUAUCUGAAUUUCCGAAAAUUCCCCCAAGCAUAAAAUGUCUAGUUUUAAAUGAAGUUUCUAUACAGCAUGUGCCCUUGUCAAUUGGACAUUGCUCUGGACUCACAGAGUUGAGGUUAAAAUCAUGCACGUGGCUCGAAAGUCUACCUAGAAAUAUUGGUGAAUUGAAAAGUCUGGAACGGCUCGAUGUAGAGGGAUGCUCAAAACUGAUGAAUCUUCCUGAUAGUAUAUGCAAUCUGAAGUCUCUUAAGUCUCUUGUCAUAAACAAAUGUCUAAAUAUCAAUGAAUUGCCAGUAAACUUGGGGAAUUUAAAAUCCCUGAAGAGGCUUCGUGCAGCUGAAAGUGGCAUAAAAACACUACCAUCGUCCAUCAACCAAUUAUCCCAGCUUAUAGAUUUAUCAUGUGAUGGAUGCAAAGGUCUAGAAUUGCCUUCUUUCACAAAUGGUUUGUCCCGCUUGAGUUGCUUUUCUUUGAAGAACUGUGGCCUAUUAGAAAUUUCCAACAGCUUCAGCUCUUUAGUGUCAUUGGCUCGUUUAUAUUUAGCAGGAAAUAAUCUAGAGGAGCUCCCAACUGAUUGCCUCGAGAAACUUCCACGGUUACGGAAACUUGAUUUAAGAGACUGCAGAAGACUUAGACAUUUAUCAGAUAUCCCAUCGGCACUUGAACACGUGGUUGUGAGAAAUUGUGAGUCUCUGAAAUCAAUAUCAUUCUCACAAAAAAACAUGGAUUUUUUGAUGUCGAUAGAUGCUGCAAAUUGCGGUAAUUUGGAUCUAAAUGCAUGUACAGAAAUUAUUGAUGAUGUACUGUUGAGCGAUCGACCUAUUGUGGCAUCACAUUGUUCUCCGGAAUCCUACGAUUUUCUUGAAGAAGGCAAAGAAUUACAUGUUCGAUUUGGAAGAGGACUGAAUAUCGUUGGAGGUGAAGUGCCGCCAAGGAUGAGAUAUCAGAAUAAGAGUGGAUCGUAUCUGUCAUACUCAUUGAGACCAGACCCGCGUCACUUCAUUGCUCUUGCUUUUUGUGCUGUAGUUGCUCCAAAUAUCUAUCCUUCUCGUCAUUUCCGUUUAGUGGGAUGCAAAUGCAGCUUUGAGGGAAAGUCAGGACAUACUAUUCAUUUCCAAUCCGAAGACAUAAUCGACGCUAAAAACAUGAUCUUCCAAUCAGAACAUGUUUUCUUUUGGUCUUCCAUAACUGAAUUCAACUUCAGUUACAGUUUCACCAAGGCUUCAUUUGAAUUCUACAUUGUAGAUGAAGGCGGAUACAGCAGUGAAUUGAUAAAGAAGUGUGGAAUUCAUCCAUUUAAUGACGAUGAUAAUGACAUUGAUCUCCCACCCUCCGAAGAUAAAAGUUUACUCGCCUAAAACCCCGUGUAUUUUAGUAAGUCAUCCUCUCAAUGCUUCGGGUACUUUUAUUUAGUGUUAUUGCUUUAAUUUUUAAUGCUGCAAUCAGGUAUGCUUUUAUAUGUUUCUAAAGGAUUUGUAGGAUCAUUUCCCACUAAGCCACACCCUGGUCACGCUCAAAUUCCUUAGAUAUAGGCUGAAGCCUUUCUUGUACGGCCUCUUUGUCAACCGUAAUAUUUCUCUCUAAUCUCCUCUAACGUGCACCCUUACGUUAAGUGUGUGCAUGUCGUCGCUACAUUUAAAUAGAAUUAUUAAUUUCACAAUUUUCCUUGUUGAUUCACAUAACCAACAAGGAAAUGGAACGUUUUCCUUCAUGAACAACCAACCUAAACCCCUUAAUAAACCCGAGUCCUCACCAAAAGCCACACAAAAUCCUAACUUAAUCCUUAUCUAUAAAUAUAAAGCUAAAACACUUAACAAAGGGCACUAGAAAAACUCUGAAAUAUUUAUCACACAAGUAGCUUAAUACACCUUUGCACUGGAUUAGGGAAAGGCAGCUCAGAUUAAUUAAGUUAUUAUAGACUUAGGCUUUAAAAUCAUCACUUAAUAAAUUAAUCUCACUUUCGAGACAUUUUUGCAUGAUGUAAGUACUUCUAAUCUUCUCUUUUGUCGAUUAUUUAUCAUUCUAUAUUAUUAGAAAUCAUUCUCCAGGUUUUCAAGAAUGAAUCUUCUUGUUAUAAGUGUAUUUGCAAGGCCGUUAUUUUUUACAAAUCUUAUCAUCCAAAUUUUCCAUUUUCCAGAUUAGAUGUCUUCAAAAGCUUAGAUUGUUUUUAAUUUCGAGCUUAGUUUUUAUUUGAGUUGUAUUAUUCUCAUUUGUUUUCCUUCCACUACUUUGUGGAUGAAAGCUGUUAUACACCUCAUUUAUCUAAAACAAAUAAAGUUUGAAAUUUAUUUCACUAGUAGAAAAUAAAGAAAGUAAUAAAUUUAUGGCCAAAAGUGUAGUAGAAUUUUUUAAAUGAUUUAAAAAGAGCACAUAAGUUUUUUAAUUAUUUUUGGCCAUUUAGGCUCUCUAUAUUUUUAAACGUUGCAAAAAGUCUCUUUAAUUUUUUUAAAAGAGCAUUGAAGCCCUUUAUAAUUAUUUCUUGUUUUUCUGGGUUUUUAAGCAUGCGGUUUAUUUGCAAUAUUUAAAACUAUUGAGAGCCUAAGUGACUAAAGAUAAGUAAAAAGACUUGUAUGCUCUUUUUGAAUAAUUUAAAGAGGUUUUUCGUAUAGCUUUUGCCUAAAUUUUAUUUACUUUAUUAAAAAAGGUUUAAUCACUCAAAAGCCCUCCACUUUUAAACUUUUUUUCAAUUGCACCCUGACAUAGGAAAAUCCUCUCAGAACCUUUCCGCCUUUAGAUUCUUUUUCAACUAUACCCCAAAGUAUUAAAUUGACCUCUUUUCACAUGAAAAAAAUUUAAAAUUAUCUUUUAUUUUUAAUCUUUAUUCUAAUUAAACACUAAUAUUAUUAACAAUGUAAAAAAUCAUUUUUCCUAAAAUUAUAUCCAAUAACUUUUAAAAUCAAAACUAUAAAAAUUUUCAAUUUAAGAUACUAUUGAAAAAAAAUCUCAAGGUGGAGGAUUUUGAGAGGAUUUUCCUACGUCAGGGUGCAAUUGGAAUGGAAUUUAAAGGUGAGAGAGUUUUAAGAGAGUUUUUCAACGUCAGGGUGCAAUUGAAAAAACUUUUAAAAAUGAAAGGCUUUUAUAAGUGAUUAGACCUUAAAAAAAUGUAGGCUCUUUUUUUUGUUCUUGCACUAUAUAGAUAUGGGGCAGAAGGUACAAAAAUGACCCUCAUGUUUACCUCCAAGCUCACUUGGCCCCCUCAUGUUUUUCCAAUCUCAAAUAUGACCCUCAUGUUACAUUCCUUAACAAAAAAAACACACCAUUUAACGGAAGCAGCUUCUCCCGUUAAGCUCGCUCACGUGGCAAACAUUCCCUGCCACAGGUAUCCAGCGUGGCAAGAAUAAUUGACUGAGAAAAACAUGGGGUAAACAUUGGGGGUUGUUUGACACCUUUUCCUAAAAAAGUAAAAGUUACCGUUGCCCAUUAAAACACCUUCUUCUUCCCCAAAUCAAACAACUUUUCUCAUUAUAAAACCUAACCCUAAUUUUACUCCUAAUUCGAAUUGACUCUUAAUCAUACAAAAUCAGCCACAAAUUCCAAACGUGAAUGGCUUCCUCUUCGUCUGUAUCAUCCCAUAAAAGAGAAGAACUUCAGUUUAAUUAUCAAGGCCGACCGAGAUUUUGUUUUUGUAGAGUUGGGGGAAUGAGGCUGAAAGCUCCACGAAGAACUUCAUGGACCGAUGAUAACCCAGGGAGGAGAUUCUUCAAUUGCCGUUUUUCAGAUGCAAGUAACUAAUUUAUAAUUUAACCAGUUCAUGAUUUUUCUAGUUUUGAUGUAAAUGCAAAGGGAUCCUAAUAAUGGUAGAAAGUGCAAGUUUUUUGAAUGAUUUGAUGAUCCACAAGACGAGAGGUCUAUUGAUGUCAUCAAUGAGCUUAGAGAGGAAAAACGAUUUUUGCAAAGACAACUGAAAAGCUUGAAAGGUUAUCAAAUGAGGCAAAUUGGAGGAGGCCAGAGCUGCUCGGAUGAAGUUGAUGAACUGUGGACAGAAUUUAUGAAGAUCAAGAAAAAUCAAAUUUUCUUGAAAGCACAAGUUGUGGCUGCUAAUAGGAAGAAGAAGUAUGCCUACAUUGUUGCUCUGUUUGCUAUUAUAAUUUUCAUAUGUAAACUGUUCUCUUGAACAAUGUAGUAGUUUAUGUUAGUUUAUGUUAGUUGUGUUAAGAAAGUGACUCAAA